UUGAACAAUAUGGCGACGUCCUGUUAGCGGUGUGAGUUCUGACAAAUAACGUUAUGCGAAUGAUGUACAUCUCCAAAACCACCGAGAAAGAUAGAAGUAUGAUAUACGACUGCUUUAACGUUAAUUACGUGAUAUAAGAUAUUUCCAGCACAGGCGAACAGGUUCGUUCUGCAGUUAUUGGUGACUGAUACAGAUGGCUAUAUGCAGGCUGGUUGUGGGCUCUCUGAGCCUGGUGAGGCAGGGGGAGUGCCUUGGUGCUCUGCUCACUCCCGCCACCCUGCCUCUGAGGCCUGCUGUUCGGAGUGUGUUCAACGAGACUGGGACAUGGGAACGAGAUUACCGGGCGGAGACCAGGCGCAGGGUGGAACAGUGGUGGCAUUCGCGCAUCCAGCAAUAUUGGCACAAGGGACUGGAAGAUCAGAACUCCCAGAUGGAGAAGUUUUAUGUCCUCUCUAUGUUUCCAUACCCAUCUGGUCAUCUGCAUAUGGGCCAUGUGAGAGUCUACACCAUCAGUGACACUAUCGCCCACUUUCAGCGCAUGAGAGGUCGUAAGGUGCUGAACCCGAUUGGCUGGGACGCUUUCGGCCUUCCGGCUGAGAACGCUGCCAUCGAGCGGGGCCUGGACCCAGAGGACUGGACAAGGAGUAAUAUCCAGGCCAUGCGGGAGCAGCUUGGCAGCCUGGGGCUGUGCUUUAAUUGGGACAGGGAAGUCACUACUUGUCUGCCUGACUAUUACAAAUGGACCCAGUACUUAUUUGUCAAGCUUUAUGAGGCUGGACUGGCCUAUCAGAAAGAGGCACUGGUGAACUGGGACCCGGUAGACCAGACAGUCCUGGCAGAUGAGCAGGUGGAUGAGAAUGGUUGCUCGUGGAGGUCUGGAGCUCAUGUGGAGCAGAAGCUCCUCAGGCAGUGGUUCAUCAAGACCACCAACUAUGCUAAGGCUCUCCUGGACUCCUUGGCAGAUCUCCCGGAGUGGUAUGGUGUGAAGGGGAUGCAGGCCAACUGGAUUGGCGAAUGCUCAGGCUGCUACUUCCACCAUAUGCUAAAGUUGGAGGGGAGAGAGACAGGUGAGAUACUGCCUGCCUACACCUCUUCUCCUGAAGCGGUGUUUGGAGCAGCAUUCAUCUCCAUCCUGCCUUCUCAUCACCUUCUCCAUGGCUCCAGUCCUGUGGGACCUACCCUGCACAGAGCCCUUCAACCUGGGAAAGACUCCCUCACUGAGGUCACAGCCCUCAACAUGUUCACCGGCCAGGAGAUUCCAGUGGUCAUUUCUGCUAAGGCAGAGUUUCAGGGACACCUGGAUAGUGUGAUUGGCAUCCCUGACAGCAGUGAAGAGGACGCAUGUGUGGCCAAGGCUCUGGGUGUGAGCUGGAACCCAGUGCUGAAGGCUGAGGAAAACGGCGCUCACACUCUAAUCAACUCUUCUGAAUUCACAGGUCAGAAGCGAGAAGAGGCCUUCAGUUCCAUUACUCAAAAAGCCAGAGAAAAGAAUCUUGGUGGUUACCUCACCAGUUCAAAGCUGAGGGACUGGUUGAUCUCGAGACAACGGUACUGGGGUACGCCCAUUCCCAUAGUGCACUGCAAGUCGUGUGGCCCUGUGGCGGUUCCUGUGGAGGACUUGCCAGUCAUGCUGCCCAAAGUGCCCUCCCUGAGUGGAAGGAGGGCAUCACCCCUGCAAGCUGCCCACGAGUGGAAGGACUGCCCAUGUCCCAGGUGCAAAGGUCCUGCUCAGAGAGAGACAGACACCAUGGACACGUUUGUGGAUUCAGCUUGGUACUAUUUCAGAUACACAGACCCGCACAACCAGCUGAGGCCUUUCCAGCGUUCUCUGGCUGACCACUGGAUGCCUGUGGAUGUUUAUAUAGGCGGGAAAGAGCAUGCAGUCAUGCAUCUUUAUUAUGCCCGCUUCCUCAGCCACUUCUGCAAGGACCAGGGCUUGGUCUCAAACAGGGAGCCCUUCAAGAAGCUGCUGGUGCAGGGCCUCAUAAAGGGCCAGACCUUCAGAGUAGCUGAAGGUGGACAACAUCUGAGGAGAGACGAGGUUGAUUUCACAGGCCCCGAGCCCGUCCAGCGGGGCACUGGCAGGCAGGUAAAGGUGACCUGGGAGAAGAUGAGCAAGUCCAAACACAACGGCCUGGACCCUCGCGAGGUGGUGCAGCAGUACGGCACCGACACCAUGCGCCUCUACGUCCUCUACGCAGCCCCGCCAGAGCAGGACAUCCUGUGGGAUGUGAAGACGGAUGCAAUCCCUGGCGUGCUCCGCUGGCAAGCUCGUCUGUGGGGGCUGGUCACUAAGUUAAGAGAGGCUCGUCAGGGUGGCGAGACACCCAACCCCUUGACCCUCAAUAAGAAAGAGAGCUCGGAGGCCCGGAGGAUCUGGGAAUACACGAAUAAGGCCAUUGCACAGGUAACCAGUCAUUUCACAGAGGACUUCCUGUUGAAUGCGGCGAUCUCACAGCUGAUGGGUCUGACCAACACACUCUCACAAGCCUCACCUCGUGUGGUCCUGCACAGUGUGGCGUUUGAACAGGCCCUCGCCACUCUCUGCCUCUUAACUGCCCCCAUGGCUCCUCACCUGGCCUCCGAGCUCUGGGCAGGGCUAUCUCAGGUUCAGAGCCCUCUCACUGCUUCCUUCUCGAGGAGUGGUGAUGUGCUCCAGCAACCUUGGCCCAGCGUGGAUCCGGAGUACCUCCAAACCCCAGACACACUGGAGGUGUCUGUACGGAUUAACAACAAGGCAUACGGGACUGUUACCGUGCCACGGCAGGUGGCUCAGGACUCUGAGAAGGUGCGUGAGCUGGUGCUGGACAGUCCUUUGGGUGCCCGCCUUCUCGCUGACCGCAUCAUUAAGAAAGCCAUCCUCUCCCCAAGGACUGCCCUCAUCAACUUCCUGGUGGAAGACACGGGGCACGGUUCUGGUGCUUCAGUGGUCAAAUGAACUGUCAGUCAAAAGCUACAACUGAGAAGCUGUGGCUUUCAAAAUGAAGAGCAGAAAUGAAACAGAUCGUGCACACACUGACUUUACUGACUUACAUAUUUUACAUUGUUUUCCAUUUGUCCGAUGAUGUAUUUAAACUGAAAGUGAAAUUGGCUUUUUAGUAUCUUGCUAAAUGACAGGGAGUCUUUGAGAAGUGAUGACAAAUAUUAAACUCCAAGCUGGACUUUGC